GGGACUUCGCGCGAGGCGCGCAGGCGCACUGUGGCGGCUGAAAUGGCGCUGUCCUGCAACCUGAACAAGUAUCUUCUGCUGUUGGCGCAGGAGCAUCUGGAGUUCCGCCUUCCUGAAAUAAAGUCUUUGCUUUCACUUUUUGGUGGCCACUUCUCUAGCAGUCAGGAAGCUUAUGGAAAGUCUCCAUUUUGGAUCCUUAACAUUCCCUCUGAGGAUAUUGCAAGAAACUUAAUGAAACGGACAGUGUGUGCCAAGUCUAUAUUUGAACUUUGGGGUCAUGGAAAAUCUCCCGAGGAGCUGUACAGUUCUCUUAAAAAUUACCCAGUGGAGAAGAUGAUUCCAUUUCUACAUUCAGACUCUACUUAUAAAAUAAAGAUUCACACAUUUAAUAAAACAUUGACACAAGAAGAAAAAGUCAAGCGAAUAGAUGCACUUGAAUUUCUGCCAUUUGAAGGAAAAGUGGAUUUGAAGAAGCCACAGCAUGUAUUCUCUAUUUUGGAGGAUUAUGGCUUGGAUCCAAACUGUAUCCCUGAGGCUCCCCAGAAUAUUUAUUUUGGUAGAUGGAUUGCAGAUGGACAGAGAGAGCUUAUUGAAUCAUACAGUGUCAAAAAGAGACAUUUUAUUGGAAAUACAAGCAUGGAUGCUGGGUUAUCAUUCAUCAUGGCCAACCAUGGAAAAGUGAAAGAAAAUGAUAUUGUCUUUGAUCCAUUUGUUGGAACAGGUGGCCUCCUGAUAGCAUCUGCUCAUUUUGGUGCAUAUGUGUGUGGGACUGACAUAGACUACAAUACAGUUCAUGGUUUGGGAAAGGCUAGUAGGAAAAACCAGAAAUGGAGAGGACCAGAUGAAAAUAUUAGAGCAAAUCUUCGUCAGUAUGGCUUAGAGAAAUACUACCUUGAUGUGCUGGUUUCAGAUGCUUCUACACCUUCCUGGAGGAAGGGCACAUAUUUUGAUGCAAUCAUCACUGAUCCACCAUAUGGUAUCAGAGAAUCUACCAGAAGAACAGGUUCACAAAAGGAAAUACCAAAGGGAAUAGAAAAAUGUCCAGAAAGCCACGUUCCUGUCUCGUUGAGUUACCAUCUCAGUGAUAUGUUUUUUGACCUGUUAAACUUUGCGGCCGAGACCCUCGUAUUAGGUGGAAGACUAGUCUAUUGGUUACCAGUGUAUACACCGGAGUACACUGAAGAUAUGGUGCCCUGUCACCCCUGCCUCACACUUAUUAGCAACUGUGAGCAGAAGCUUUCCAGUCACACAUCAAGGCGCUUGAUCACAAUGGAGAAGGUGAAGGAAUAUGAGAACCGAGACCAGUAUUCACAUCUGCUAAGUGAUCAUUUUCUGCUCUAUCAAGGUCAUAAUUCUUUCCGUGAGAAGUAUUUCAGUGGAGUGACAAAAAGAAUUACCAAGGAAGAAAAAGCAAGCCAGGAGUGAGCAUGAAGAUUUUGACUGAAGAAGGACUAAGGAGUUGAUAGGAAAGACAAUCUGGAUAUGGACUCUCCUGUAGAGUCCAGAAAAUCUGUAGUAUUUCAGAAACCUGUAGUGUGUAUCCGAAUGCUGCCAAGCAAGCAGCUCUUUCAAAAUUAUUGUUGUUUUUGAAUAUUUUGUUGUGUGCAUUGUAAGAUCUUUUGGAUUUUAAUUUAUAUUUGUACUUUUAAGUAUUAAUGUAGUUAUACUCAAAAUAGUUAUAUUUUUUACAAUUUAUAAAGGAAAUUAAUAUUGUUGACUUUUUACAUAUAUCAGUCAGUUUUCAAGGUAAUCAAUGAUGGUUAAGAAUUUAUUCAUUAAGUAAAUGAAUUUGGGUUUUUAUUGUAUUUG